ACCCCCGCCACCGGCACUUCAGCACCGCCGUUGAUGCUUCUGCAUCCCCCGCCGUCGUUGACCCGCAUCCCUCGCCGUCGCUGACCCGCAUCCUCGCCACAGAUCUGGAAAAAUCCACCACAGAUCUGGAAAAAAUUUAAAAAAAUUUGCCACUGCAAAUCUAGAUCCGGUGAAGAUGCAACCAGAUCUAGAAAACAAUGUCUUCUUCUAGCUGACGAAAUAAGGAAGAAAAAUCAUUAAAGUAUAGGUUCUUAUCUCCGAUGGAUCGUAAUCAGUAAUUGUUUUCCGCCGGCGACAUGGUCACAGCGGCGGGGGCUCCUCUCGUCACUCCACUCAAAGCGGAGUUGCAGUGUUUCCGGGCCGGCAGGUAUUGCGUUGAUGUUUCUCGCAAUGGCAGGGCUAAAUACGUCAAUCGACCUUAUUCUCUCGUGCCUAGGGCUUGUUGCUCCGGCAACCCCUUGUCGAACUCUGCCGGAGAUAGGCUUUGCGGUGGAGGAGGUGUUGGUAGCAGAAAUAGCGGCGAUGGUGAAUUGCCUAGGCCACGGGCAUUUGCUCCCUUGCUUUCUGAUUCAGAGGAUACUAGACUGGGGAAUGGAGCUUCUGAGUUUUCUGAUGCAAAGGAUUUUCACAUUGGAAGCUCAAAUGGACUCCCAUGCCUUGAGUUAUCUCAGAAGAUUGUGGUUGCUGUCGACAUUGAUGAGGUUCUUGGAAAUUUUGUGUCAGCGAUCAGUCAGUUUAUUGCUGAACGUUAUUCAUUGUAUCAGGCGGUGUCCGAAUAUCAUGUUUAUGAGUUUGCCAAGAUAUGGAGGUGCUCCAAGGAUGAAGCAAAUAUCCGUGUUCAUGAGUUCUUUGAGUCAUCUUAUUUCAAGACUGCCAUCCAUCCCAUUCCUGGUGCUCAGCAAGCUAUACGAAACCUAUCCAAAGUUUGUAAUAUGUCCAUAGUUACGUCGCGGCAAUAUGCAAUUCAAGACCACACAAUUGAGUGGAUUAACAAACACUACCCUGACCUGUUUCAGAAAAUUUAUUUUGGGAAUCACUUUGCGUUAAAUGGGAAAUCCAUACCCAAAUCAGAGAUUUGCAGAUCAUUGGGAGCAAAAGUUUUGAUUGAUGAUAACCCUGGAUAUGCCAUCGAAUGUGCUGAAGCUGGAAUCAAGGUUCUUUUGUUUGAUUAUGAAAAUUCUUAUCCUUGGUCCAAGACAGAGUUUGUAAAUGGCCACCCACUAAUUACCAGAGUCCAUAACUGGGAAGAGGUGGAGCUUCACUUGGCUUCUUGGAUUUUCCCCACUGGUAAUACUACGAGUAGUAAUUUUGUUAAGGAACAAUUUUUAUAAGUCAUCCAACUUGGUUUCUCUUAGUUUUUUUUAAAUGACUAACAUUUUAUCUGGGUGUGUUUCUUUUUCAAGAAGUUGCAUCAAAGUACAUUAUUUUGCGGAAACAAGACUUUGAUUUCCGUAUAGGGCCAAUGAAAUACGAUACGUUUA